AUGGCACCAGCAGAGGUGAAUAACGAUAAUGAGAAAUUGGUCUUUAACACGCUCUACAAGACGAAGCCUCAGAAGAAAACAUGCUUUAAAUUUAAUUUUCGUGACACUGUACGAAUAUCAAAACUGAGAGUCAUGUUUCGAAAAGGGUAUGAGCAGACCUACACCGAUGAGAUCUUUACCGUGAAGGAACGCAUAGGGAGACAGCCACCAGUGUACAGACUAGCGGACCUUGCAGAAGAGUCUGUCAGUUGUCCGUAUGAGUCUCGGUACCACAACAGCCUGAAGUACAUCUGCAGAGGAAACCGGCCCUCCACAUGUCUGCAGCAGGCACUGAUCACCUCUGACACCAAACAAAAUGGACGAUUCAGACUUGAUGAUGACAAAGUGUCAGGAACAUUCACAGUGAACAUUAGCAGCUUGACUCAAAAUGAUUCAGGGUCAUACCUCUGUGGUGUCCAAAGAAACUCUGAGCUGGAUGUUUUCUCUGCUGUUGAGCUGGAAGUUGAAGAGUGGUGCUGUGUCAAAUCAACUACAAUAAAUGGUACUGCAGGAUAUCCACUAACUUUGCAGUGUCCUUAUCCUCGACAAUAUCAGCAUAACAGCAAGUUCCUCUGUAAGGGAGACCACCGCAACAAUUGCACAAAGAUGGCGGUGAGUCAAAGGAGGUUCACACUGCAAGAUGAUGCUACUUCCAGUUCUUUCAUGAUGAAGAUCACAGCACUGGAAGCAGAUGAUGCUGGGACAUACUGGUGUGGGACAGACUCACAGUGGAGAGUUGGAAACUACACCAAGAUUGAGCUGUCAGGUAUGCUAUGAACAAUUUUGUAUAUAUAAUGCAACUAAUAGAUGUGUAAGCUGUGUGCUUGUUUGGGCUCAGUUCAGCUGUCUGAGGUGUGAACAAAUGAAAAAAGAAAACUGUCUGUAUAAAGCUCACAGUGAGCACAACAAAUAGCACCACCGAAAUAGAACUACUGACAACCUCACCUACUCGUUACUUAUCAGAUGAAC